GUUUUCAUUGAGUUUUCAUUGAGUGAUGCAUUGACUGAACGAUAAUUUCAAUCAUUCAUUGCUUUACGUAUUAAUCAGUCAUUUGUGAAACAUAUCCGAUGUUGUGAUCCAUUGAUUGCCAUUUAUAGUCAUUUAUUGGUCAUAUAGUUGUCAAUCGUGUCAUUCGUUUGACCCAUAGUUCCCCCAAAUUGUGUCUUUGGAUGUGAUCUCCAAAGUCUAGUCUCAAGACAUCCACACAUCGAGUGAUACACCGGAAGACAAUAGUGUCGGAAGACAUGGCUAACGACCAGUCAUUCAGCUAUCGAUUGGUGAAGAUAUCGCUCAUUAUACUGAACGCAUUGGUUAUAAUCGGGUUCACUCUCAGUCUUCUGCUUAUUGGCCAUCAUUUGGAUCCACCGCUCGUUAUAUUUGUCUUAAUUAUCGGUAUUUAUUACCAUUACUUCACUCACGAGUCGCAC